ACGAGCGCUCCGUCCAUGUGGCGCAGCUGUGCGCAUCUCAGCCCGCUACAGCGCACGCCGAGUGGCGCGCCAGACAGCGCAGCCGCAGCAGAACAGGCGCAGGCAGACAGACGCAGUAGCAACAGCAACCAUGGCCGACGAAAAACCCAAGGAGGGAGUGAAGACUGAGAACAAUGAGCACAUCAACCUGAAAGUGGCGGGGCAGGAUGGCUCAGUGGUGCAAUUUAAGAUCAAACGGCACACUCCUCUCAGCAAACUGAUGAAAGCGUAUUGUGAACGGCAGGGGCUGUCAAUGAGGCAAAUACGAUUUCGAUUUGACGGUCAGCCCAUCAAUGAAACGGACACCCCCUCGCAGCUAGAAAUGGAGGACGAAGAUACAAUUGACGUGUUCCAACAGCAAACCGGAGGCUCUUUUCUUUCUUAAAGACUGUUUCCUACGAAUAUCCCUACCUCCCCUUUUCAGCCCCCAACAUCUUUGUUAUGCUUAGUCUUCAAACCCUCAUGACCAGUGUUGAUACCAUCCAGUCAAAAAUUUUACAAAAUGUUCAAAGGCAGCGGCACUGUUGACGUAGAUAGCUGUAAUAACACUGUCAUUCGUAUGUUAACAUGUUUUGACUGCGCAGUGGAGACUACUUGUAAGCUACAGCGAGUCUAAUGUGCUGAAGAAAUUAAAAGCUUGCCAUGAUACUUUGUCUUUUUUUUUUUUUUUCUUUUUUUCCUGGAGGUAAUGGAGAGCCUACUGGUCCGGUUUUGUUUUUAUACAUAUGUCAUUGAGGUUUUGAUUCAGAUGGAAUCAUGUUAUUUGUUAACAUCAGUUGUUAUGAAAAUGUGUUAUUGGAAUAAAUUGAGUCUUUUUUAAAAAUA